AUGGAUACCCCGAUCGAAAAGUUCAUUGGAACGGCCAUGAGGAUUAAAUUGCUCGAUGAGCGAGCCAUCGAUGGUGUCCUCACGGUCGUUGACCCGUUUGGUAACUUGUUGCUCACGAAUCUGUACGAGAAUUCUCGAGACAAGAUCGAUCCAACGAGCAUCAGGAGAAGAGAAGUGGGUUUGGUUAGUGUCCCCAGGGACCAGAUAACGAAGGUCAUGAUUGACAAGCGCCAGAAGGCAUAUGAGAAGAUGCCCAGGCAGUUCUUCUUGACCAACUCCAGGAAGUUGUCAGGAUAUAUCGUCAUGCUCUUCUUUUUUGGCCUUUGUGUUUACAUGAUCUCACAGGAGUUGAAAGAGAAACCAGAUAUUGCGUACGAAUUAGUGGACCCUCUUGAAAAGCAAAGUGAUAACAAUGGGGACGUCGGCAAACUCGUGGACUCCUCGAAGAUGGAGGAUCGUGCGGACGAAAAAGUUGCUUUAGCAAGCAAGGAGCAAAACAUUGUCGUCGAAGCGCCCAAGGGCGGAUCGGUGAACGAGGGUCCCAUUGUGGGCAACGACGAGGGACUUGUUGUGGACGGAAAGCCUAGUAUCAACAAGAACACUGGUAAAAUUGGAGGCGGAAGUGUUCAGGCCGCUCGUGGUGGUCAGAUCGCCCCACCAGAUGAACCGUCGAACGAUCGAGAUUUGCUGAAACUUCUUGAGAUCUCCGAGAAUGCUCAAAACCCGGGCGGCGUUCCUCGAGACGAUUCAAGAAAGAAGAUUUAG